UGAUAUCAAGUCUAGUAUAUUCCUAUAUCCGCAAUUUCUUCUUUUGUUCUAUAAUAGGUUAAUACUCAAAAUGCUUUUAGUGUAAGAAAUAAAAAAAAACUCAGCAUGACAUUUUGUGUUCCUUGUUCUCGAAAAUCCUGAUAUUACAUAGCCCGAAGUAUCAGCCAAUUUUCACUUAAACAUUGGAUUGAAAGAGCCACCCAGAAGUCUAAUCUCCUUUUAAAUCAAUAAGUUUCCAAAGUCUGCUUUGAUAUCAAAUUUAGUUGUUUUAACUAUCACAUCCAAGAACUUAAACAAUUAGAGAUGGGGCAUCUUUAUUUAUUUAUUGGUCACUUGGAUGAUCAAAGAUGGAGAAUCAUUGCCCUUUUUCCCUUUUUGUCAUGACUAAUUUUUCUUAGCAGGGAGGUAAAGAAUUAAAGUAAAUGCUCUUCCUCCUUAUUUAAUCCUAUAUAUUAUUUUAUUUUUCUUUACAAAAGAGAGCUGAAAAGUGUAUCUGGUUAGUAAUAAGAAUGUGCAAAAUACCUGAAUUGAGAAUGAAGCAAAAUCACCUGGCCCAAAGUAAAAGUAGAUAUUAAAAUACUAGUCCAAUGUUUCAGUUUAAGUGAAUAUAAACAUGUUCAAGAAAUUUCAAUUACUAUCAAGAUAUAGGUUCCAUAAUUUGAGGAGGUUUCAAAAAAGAUGGACAAACAAUCUGCUAAAGGAACAAUGGUUACUAGAGAAGAAGGUAGGAGCAUCGGCAAUGAAGAUUUUGCUGAUGAAUGGAGCAUUAUAAUCCAUCGAGAUUCAAACUCAAAUUCUCAUGAAAUCAGUGAAAGUGAGAGACAAUGGCUAUGUUCCUUGGAGAAGAGAAGAGGGUACAUUGGCUCAUCACAGAAGCCAAAAAUUCAAAUGGUCCCAAAAAUGCAUCGCGAGAUUGAAUCAAACAUAAGGUGUUAUGAGCCCCUUGUGGUUUCAAUCGGUCCAUUUCACCAUGGUAAAUUAAAGUUUCAGCCUAUGGAGAAGUACAAGGAGCUACUGGCAAUUCAGUUUGCUGAUCAAGAUAGUACCAAACCAAGACCUGAAGGGGUCUUACCAUGGCUUUCGACAAAUGCAGUGUCCAUUGAUGAGCUUUACAAAAAGGUCAAGAACAUUGUGCCUAAUGUCAGGGAGUGUUAUGCUGAUGCAUUGAUUAAAGAUUACAGCGAUGAGGAGUUUUCACAGAUGAUGUUCCUGGAUGGAUGCUUUAUCCUCCAAUACUUUUACUGCAUUGUCACUGGCAAUUAUAAAGAGCUGAAAAUGAAGAGCCACGAUAUAGCCUUCAUUCGUCGUGAUCUUUUCUUACUUGAAAAUCAGUUACCAUUUGAAGUCUUGCAGGUGUUAAUGAGCUGUAAGUUCAAAGAUAAUGAAGGAAUGGAGAUGAUUAAAACGUUCAUCUCGAGUGCACAUAAAAAGCCUCCUCAAGGUCACGGAUUCAUUCAAAGUAUCAAGGAUUUCUUUCUUGAUUUCUUUGAGGGAAUUCUCUUUCUUGGUAAGAUUUGUGAAGGAGAAGGGCCUUCCCUUACCAAACAAAAAAGCAUGAAAAACCCGCUUCCUGCUCAUCUCCUCGAGCUACUAAGAACACAUCACAUAGAUCCAAACGCUUUCUUAGAAGGUGGAUGCUAUCUAAGGGGUGACUGGUGCUCGUAUCGUUCUGCCAAGGAGCUGCGGAGAGCAGGAAUCCAUUUCAGGCCUGGAAAGAGUCGUCGUCUUUCAGACGUUAAGUUCAAUUCAUUUCACUGCUCAGCUCUUUUAACAAUUCCUCCAAUAACCAUAGAUGAUUCAACCAAGUCGGAGUUUUUAAACUUGGUUGCAUAUGAGGCAUGCCCUGAUACACCAGAUGACUUUGGCGUUACAUCUUAUCUUUGCUUCAUGGCUUCACUAAUUGAUCAUGCUGAAGAUGUGAAGGUAUUGAGAUCCAAAGGUAUACUUCUUAACUUUCUUGGUAGUGAUCAAGAAGUUGCAGAUCUCUUCAAUGAGAUAGCAAGAAAUUUGGUGCCUAAUCCACAUGCCUAUGUUGAUGUGAAAGACAAAAUUGAGAAACAUCACAUUAGCAAAGGGAAAAUAUGGAUUGCUGAGUGGAAGAACACUCAUUUCACUACCCCAUGGACUGUUUUUGCACUUAUUGCAGCAAUUUUUGUCAUUGGCUUGCAAGUCACUGAUACAUUUCUAGCAGGCAUCCAAACCUAUUAUCAAGUCCAUCAAAAACAAAGCUAGUAUUGAUAGGAUUCAAAACCAACCAUUUUUUUUUCCUGCAGGAAUUCUCAAGUGUCAUGUUUGUUGCAUUCAUCUUCUUUUUCUUUACCUUGUUUUAUUAUAUGUUCUCUACAGCAGUCAAAAUUUGAUUGUACUACUAUAUUUUAAAUGCCAAGUCAAUGUAAUUAAUACUCGA